ACCCUCUCGGCUCCAGACUCGAGCGCAAAGGAGACACGGAGCUGAGCCCCAGGACCGCGCGGACCGGAGGCUUCACAGGAAUACAUCAAUAAAUCAAUACGUCCUCCGCUGCACGGCGCGCACGGAGCGGACUCCGCAGAGACCCCGCCCCGCACGCACAGGUGAGAAGAAGAGCGGCUUCACCAGGUGCGACCAGGUCCGGAUCGUGUUUUUACGCACGGGGAACUCUUGGGAAGAGUUAUGGCUCUCGUGGGGACACCGGGACUCUGAGCUCCCCUCAGUCCGAGGAACUGGACUAGAACUGGACGCCGAUCUGUUCACAAGUUCACCAUCUUCAGGACGCACCAUGUUCCACCACAGCAGCGGCAAGAAGUGCUUCACCAUCGAGUCCCUGGUCGGGAAGGACGCGAGCAGCCGCGGCCCCGGAAGCACCGGAGGCACCGGCUCAGGGGAUGAACCCAUCCGGCCCACGGCGCUCCGGUUCCCGGAGUCCCUGCACCCCGCCGCCUCCGGGGUGUUCGGCUCCUGCUUCCAGGGGAGCGGCGGGAGGACUUUGUACUCCACCGGGCCAGACGUGGUGCUCCAGGAGCCCGGAACGCACAGCCACGGCGGCCUGCCGCUGCACCCGCUGCAGCUCCCCCCGCAGGGCUUCUUCAGCCCGCAGCACCGCGAGGCGCUGGGCUUCUACCCGUGGGUGCUGCGCAGCCGGUACCUGGGCCACCGCUUCCAAGGGGAAGACAGCAAUCCCGAGAACCUGCUGCUCCACGGCCCGUUCUCCAGGAAACCCAAGCGGAUCCGGACGGCCUUCUCGCCGUCCCAGCUGCUCCGACUGGAGCGAGCCUUCGAGAAGAACCACUACGUGGUCGGAGCGGAGAGGAAGCAGCUGGCCAGCGCGCUGUGUUUGACAGAGACGCAGGUGAAGGUCUGGUUCCAGAAUCGCAGGACGAAGCACAAGCGUCAGAAGUUGGAGGAGGAAUCUCCCGAAGCGCAGCAGAAGAGGAAGGGAAGCCAGCACAUCAACCGCUGGAGAGCAGCCACACAGCAGCCGGGGGGAGGGGGGGGGGAGGACGUGGACGUCCUCAGUGAGGACUAGAGACUCACACACACACACAAACGCACACAUACACACUCACAAUGACACACCAUCAGAUUGAGUUCAUGUGAACAGGAUUAGCUCGUUUAGCUCGUGAUGCUAAAAGGAAGACAGCUGACCUUCAUGAACCUUUCAAAAGAAAACGCACCACGAGGCCAACCAGACACACACACACACACAGACACACACACAUCAGCAUCAACACACCACACAAACGGGACUCACCUCCCCGAGAACUGAUACAUGUCCCUGAAGGCAUCACACUGCAAACAGCAGGAGGCCCAAACUGUCCUGCUGAAGACGUCUAAAACUCUGAAGAGCAUCUUAAAAAUGGUGACCCAUACUUUCCUUUCCUCUCGAGGAGAAACCAGAGACGCAGCUGCUGACUUUUCGGUGCCAAACGCAGCCAGCAUUCCUCAAAUGAAAUAGAAAUAAAGUGAGAGGAGAAGCUGGUUUCUGAGCUUCUGUUCGCAGCAGACGGCGAGAAAAUCUGCUCGGCCGAGGAAGACGAGUCUGAAGAAGGAGAGCGAGAAGAAUACCCCUCGAACACGUCGACGGUGUUAAAAAACAAAGCCUAGUGGUCGCUGUCCAGGGUCCAGGAGGACGUGUUCCACUGGAUCACGUGAUCACAUCUAGAUUGCAUCCUCUCGAAUAAUCCCACAUACUCAAAUAUAGUUCUUAAUGAUGUCAACGUGGUGUUUUAAGCCUUGAGCAGGUUGUCCAUCAAUACGUUUUAAAAGCAGCGCUAGUUGGUGUUAGCAUUUGUUAGCUCGCUCGCUUACUGCCUCCCACGAGGCGCGUUUACACCCAACUGAAGACGAGUUGGUACCAAACAUUAAAUGGAACUUGUUUGAAUCCAACAGCAAUAAAUCCCUCGAGUCUGAGAGGCUCUUUAGCUGAGAAACAAAAAACACGCCUGAGGGACAAAAGAUGUAGAAGAAACCUCAUGUCUGUCAUGUGGUCCAACUUCCUGUUUCCUGUUUCCUCUGCGAGCUCAUUGGUCACUGAGGGCUUCAUAAAAAAAAACAGGAGGGAUUAACACAUUUGUUGGUGAUGCGGAUUAAUCCCUAAAUAUGAAGCCCAGGAGCAGGAGCUGCUCAGCGGCACUGCGGCAGAACCAGAAACCAGCUGAUCCAGCUCCAACGGUUUCAUUCUGCUGGUUCCUUGUUUUCUCUUUGCUUGUGUUUUUGGACUUUUUGGAAAAAUGUAGGUAUUUAUGUAAAAAGAUGGAUUUCAACAAAAAUAUUCUAUGCAUCUGUUGUGUACAUAAUUAUAAUGAUGAUGAUGAUGAUGAUGAUGAUAAUAAUGUGUCGACUGUUUGUUUCCCACUUUGUCCGUUCAUCUGUUUCUUUUUCAUGGACAGAUUUGCCUCAUCAACUUAUGUAGCACUUCUUCUUCUUCUUCUUCUUCUUAGUCCAAUCUAUUUUUUUAUCGUUUUAGGAUGGAAUGCACUAACUGUACGACGCGUCCUCUCACAGAGACGCUUUGUUCCGGCUGUGUUCACGUUGGAAACAAAUAUAAAUAAA